CUUAGGAUUAUCUUGAAAAUGUAAAAUAUUUAGAGAGCGCGCAUGAGAACAAAUAUUUGUGUGUUCGUGUUCGUAUGGCUUAACAGUGACAAUAACUUUAACGUCAAUUAGUUGAAUUUUGUAAAUCGUGUAUACAACUUCAUAUAAUUUAUAAUAUAUAUGUAUAUAUGUAUAUAUAUAUGUAUAUGUAUGUAAUGAAAAAUGUUAUCCAAUAACAAUGGGACCAUGUGAUACGGGAAAUUUAUGUGUGAUGUAAAAAGUUUCAUUUCAUUUAGCAGAACUUAUUAUUCAAAAGCAAAAAGACAGACAAUAAAUAGACAAAAAUGGUUUCCAAAAAUUUCGCCGAUCAUUAUGCUAAGGAAUCCCUGCUGACAGUACCACCGCUACAUAUACAACCGGCGCGGCUACAUCCUAAUGGUACCUCUGUGGAUAUUUGUCCGCGCGAAGAUGAAGAGGAAGGCUUAGGUUUUACGCAUACUCUGAUGUAUGGCCGUUAUACGAAAGAUUUAGGAGAAUUUGCAAAAGAUGAAGCACGAAAACUCAAAUUGCUCGAAAAGCGAAGAAAAUUGGAAGACAAGCAAAGAAAUAAGGAACUCUUAGGUAAACGAGAUUCAAAAUUAUUUAAAGUAUCAUCAUGGAUAUGGAAGCAUACAUUUGCCCGUAUGGGCGAAGAUUGGGUAUUUUUAGCUUUACUCGGAAUUAUAAUGGCAUUAUUAUCCUAUAUUAUGGACAAAGGCAUAUCAGUAUGUACGAAUGCACGCGUUUGGCUCUACCGCGAUUUAACUUCACAACCAAUUGCUCAGUAUUUUGCUUGGGUUUCAUUGCCCGUAUGUUUAAUAUUAUUUUCAGCCGGUUUUGUACAUUUAAUAGCCCCACAAAGUAUAGGUUCCGGGAUACCAGAAAUGAAAACCAUAUUGCGUGGUGUGGCUCUUAAAGAGUAUUUAACUUUUAAAACUUUAGUGGCCAAAAUUGUUGGCUUGACGGCAACUUUGGGCAGCGGUAUGCCAUUAGGAAAGGAAGGUCCUUUCGUACACAUAGCAAGUAUUGUAGCACAAUUAUUAAGUAAGCUAGUGACAUCAUUCCAAGGUAUCUAUGAAAAUGAAUCGCGUAAUUCAGAAAUGUUGGCUGCCGCAUGUGCGGUGGGUGUGGGUGCUUGCUUUGCCGCCCCUGUGGGAGGAGUUCUAUUUAGUAUUGAGGUAACAACCACUUAUUUUGCGGUACGAAAUUAUUGGCGCGGCUUUUUUGCUGCCGUAUGUGGUGCUACGGUUUUUCGUUUACUGGCGGUUUGGUUUCAAAAUUUGGAUACUGUUCGUGCAAUAUUUUUAACUAAUUUUACCACCGAAUUUCCGUUUGAUCCUCAGGAAUUAUUUGUAUUCGCUUUAAUGGGCUUGAUUUGCGGUAUUGGCGGGGCAGCUUAUGUUUGGGUUCAUAGACGUUAUGUUUUAUUUAUGCGUUCAAAUAAAAAAAUGAACAAAUUUUUACAAAAAAACCGUUUUUUAUAUCCGGGUUUCUUGGCUCUUCUGGUCUCUACUAUUUCAUUUCCUUUGGGAACUGGGCAAUUUAUCGCUGGCGAGCUGGCUACACAUGAACAAGUCAUUCAACUAUUUAGCAAUUUUACCUGGUCACGUGAUGAUUUGACCGUGGAACAAGCAGCAAUUGUUACGCACUGGGUAACGCCCUACACCAACGUUUUCAUCAACCUCACUUGUUAUGUAAUAUUUACCUUCAUUUUCUCUAUUAUCGCGUCCACAAUACCAGUGCCUUCGGGUAUUUUUAUACCAGUUUUCAAAAUUGGUGCAGGCUUGGGACGUUUGGUGGGUGAGAGUAUGCAUUUGUGGUUUCCAAGUGGUGUACGUUACGGUGGUCGUUUAUCACCAAUUAUACCCGGUGGUUAUGCUGUGGUUGGUGCAGCCGCAUUCUCCGGCGCUGUAACACACACAGUUUCCGUAGCGGUUAUUGUUUUCGAAAUGACGGGUCAAAUAACUCAUGUAGUGCCCGUAAUGAUUGCCGUCUUGGUAGCGAACGCUAUAGCCGCUCUAUUGCAACCUUCUAUGUACGAUAGCAUUAUCUUAAUUAAAAAGUUACCGUAUCUCCCCGAUUUAUUACCCUCAAGUUCCGGCAUGUACAGUAUAUAUGUGGAAGACUUUAUGGUGCGCGAUGUUAAAUAUAUUUGGCAGGGCAUAUCGUAUCAAAAACUUAAAGAGGUCUUGAAAGCAAAUAAAACCUUGCGUUCUUUACCCCUGGUUGAUAGCCCGGCAAAUAUGAUCUUAUUAGGUUCCGUGCAACGUUAUGAGCUAAUUAAAAUGAUCGAAAAGCAUAUCGGUCGUGAGAAACGAAUGGAAGUUGCUCAGAAAUGGCAGAAAGAGGCUGAAGAACGAGCACGCGAAGAGGAAAAGAAAAAACAAGAAGUCGAACAAAAAAUGCGAAGACCAUCGCGUUUUGAAGUUCUCCCAGCGCCGGAUAUAUUAAGUUUAAGGCAAAUAGCGAAUGAUGAAAUGCUUCCGCCCAAGAAGCGUCAAGAGUCCAUGAAUAAUACGCUUCAACCUCGUAAAUCUAUUUUAAAAAAGACAAAUUCCUUUAAUCUUAAGGCAUUCACACCUACCUCAUCAUUACAUAGUCCUAAUAUAACGCCAUACACAACUAUAACGGGCACGACAGAGUACCGUAUACGCAACGCUUUCGAGGCAAUUUUCAAGAAAUCAACCACACUGCAAGACGUUCAGCCAACAAAUUCGGAAGGAGUUGGCACAAUGUCAGCGGCUACCAGCGCUGAUGUUGUUCCAGGCACACCGACCGUGCAAAGAGCACCCAGUACACCGGGCAUAUCCAAAAAAGUUCAGUUGCAAGCACAAAAUUCCUAUUCCUCCUCCAAUUCCUCACAUAAUUCAAACGAUGAGGAUGACGAUAAUAUGCAAGCACAGCCAAUUACUAAUCAAAGAAACUUUAAAUGCCUCACAAAACGUCCGCCCACGCCACCACGUCAUCGUCAUUUUGACUCAUAUGAAAGUCCUUUACGACGAUUUCAAAUACGACCGACAAUUAUCAUUGAUUCUCCUUUGAAAAGUCACAAAAUUAAUCCAAUUACUGACAAUCACGUUGCCCCUGUGAAGACAAUGAUUGGUUGCGAUCUUGAUAAAGAUACAAAAGAAGAGAAUUUGGAUAAUUCAAAUAAAACUGAAACUAAUGACCUUUGCAAUCACAACGAAGAGUCGUACAUGGGAAGUAUAAAAAAGUUGAAAAGCGUUCAAUUGCCGCGUGAGCGAGUCAUUGACAUGUCGCCCGAGGAUCAAAAGAAAUGGGAAAUGGAAGAAAUGCAAAAACCGAUAGAUUUAGAAAAGGCCAAUGUUCAUAUCGAUCCCUCGCCAUUUCAGCUGGUCGAACGGACUUCCAUACUCAAAGUACAUUCACUUUUCUCGAUGGUUGGCAUUAAUCAUGCGUAUGUAACAAAAAUUGGUCGUUUAGUGGGCGUGGUGGGUUUAAAAGAGUUACGCAAAGCCAUUGAAGAUAUAAAUAGCAAUAAUUUUGUGGUUCAAGUGCAAUUAAAAGAUGACAACGAUUGUGCUGAUGAUGUGGAGAAAACAAAUGGUUCAAAACCGUUACUGCUGCCACAAGAUUACAGUGAUAAGCAAGUCAAUGUUACGGUUACCUCGAUGGAUUCAGCUUUAUCGAAUUCAGAUAAUUGCUCGGAUAUUGAAUUGGAAAAUAUACAAAAAGCAACAGAAGCGUCUGAAGAAUCGGAGGAACAACAAAAGCAGCAGCAACUACCACAGAUAAAUGACACAAGUACAUAUAAUCCUAAGCCACGUGAUUCAAUCGAGUAGAUUGCCACCAAACGUCUCCUAUCUAAAUUCAUUCUC